GUAAUUUUUCACACAGCGGAAACGGAGGAACACGAACCGCUGAUUGUUCAGAAAAUGUGGAUAAUCGCUGUGUAUCAGAUAUGGCCGACCUGUCACUCUGCCUGUGUUGGCAGCGCAGCUCCUUGAGGUGAUUCAAAAACUCAGCUGAAUCAUACAGUGUAGUGUUUGUUGAGAGUGGAUUAUUACGUAAAAAUCAUCGUCUUCAUCUUUGUUUAGAACGGAAGUGUGUGUUAGGACUACUGCAUAUGUACACGGAUCGAACGUAAAGGGCUUCAACAGUUUCCUUCGGGUUUCAUAGUAACACAUACACAUACUUUAAAGCGAUUAACCAUGGAAGGUAUAGACAAAGACUGUACAGCACUUGGAGGGCUUUUCCAAACCAUAGUCAACGACAUGAGGGGAAGUGCAUUCAUAUGGGAAGAUUUCACCAGUAAAGCAGCCAAGCUGCACUCUUCCCUCAAAGCCACUCUAGGUGCUAUUGGUGCAUUUCUGGAUGCCUUUCAGAAGGUUGCAGACAUGGCUACAGGGUCCAGAGGUGCUACAAAGGAUAUUGGCUCGGCCCUGACAAGACUUUGUAUGCGACACAGAACAAUAGAGACUAAAUUGAAGAGCCUUACUAUGUCAAUCAUUGACAACUUGGUAAACCCUCUACAGGAAAAGGGAGAAGACUGGAAGAAAUCAGUUGCACAACUAGAUAAAGAACAUGCAAAAGAGUACAAACGUGCCAGGCAGGAAAUCAAGAAGGCAGCCUCGGACACCAUGAGACUACAGAAGAAAGUGAAGAAGACUACAGGGAAGAGCGACAUGCAGAUCAAACUGGACAGCGCCAUGCAAGAUGUCAACGACAAAUACUUACUGCUAGAGGAGACCGAAAAAAAUGCUGUACGAACUGCACUCAUUGAAGAACGGGGGCGUUUCUGCCUCUUCAUAAGCUGUCUCCGACCAUUUGUGGAACACGAGAUCGGCCUACUUACAGAAAUCACACAUCUACAGGAGAUUAUGGACAGUUUAUGUUAUGGAGCCAGUGAACCAGACAAACUGCCCACUGCUAGUGAACAGUGCAUCAUAGAUGUUAAAGGCCAGGACUCUUCGACAUGGAAUUUCCAGCAACAGUCGCCACCCAGCUCUCCCAGUUCGCUUGGCUCCAGGAAAUCCAGCAUGUGUAGCAUCAACAGUAUCAAUAGUUCAUCCAGUGGCUCCUUCAAGUCACACUCUCCUAGUCAUCUUACAAGGAACCGUAACUCUGUACAGCAGCACCCCCAAGUAGGUGGGGUUGUACGCCUCACAAGCGUGUCAUCACAAGACUCCGGGUUCACAUCUCAAGACACAUUGUUCCUGCGACCGACUACCCCAAACUCUCUCAGUAUCCGACAUAAGGAUGUGGACAGCCGUAGCAUGGGAGCGGAGACUCCGGAGGAUUCUACACCAUCGGACAACACUCCGUCAGCUAGCUCAACAUGGACAACAUGGCCAAACCCACCAAAUCCUGAAGCAAAAUCUGAGGCCCAGCGCCCUCACACCAUAUCCUCAGCUUAUGAGAAAUCACAGAAGCGCCCUGCAUUGUCGACCAAAUUAUUUGAGCCAUUGCUACAAGAGGGCGAAGACCAGACAACGGAGGCGCCAGUAAUUCGGAACGAGAGGUCAAACAGCACAUCUAAUUCAGUGAAUCCCUACUCGCGUCCCCAGUCGGCCACCAUUAACAAACUUCAGCCCAUGCUGCCUCCUCUGGCACCAAAACCGAAGUCUCGUGCAGUAGCUCCCCCAAAAGUCCCUGUUGCAGGUGAAUCCCAGGCUCUGUACGUAAACUUGACAGAUCUAGCGAAUAUAGCCGCGGAGCAACAGAAGGACCAGGGUACUGACAAUGACAUGACCCCAACUGAAAGGAGUCCUCCAGCUACAAUGCACCAGCAGUCCUUGUUUCGUCUAAACUUGGAGGAGGCCAUCCGCGAUCUGGACAGUUGCACAGCAGCACUACACACGGACUACAACCCGAAUAGCCCUGCCAGUCAGAACACUGAGCAACAGCAAAUAAAACAGAACUCCCUGGAGUUAGCGGAGGCUAUAAAGGAAUUGGAGGCUUCAACAGCCGCACUGCAAUCCUCUUACGACACAUCCAGCACCACAAGCCAGAAUUCGCUCCAGUGCUCCAGCGGUUACGGUACGAUGAACAGCACACCUUCGGGUUCCAAGGAUACCAUUGCAUCUGGUGAUUAUGAUUUAUCAACAGAGCUGGAUUACGUGCCGGAAAUCGAGAAGUACUAUACCAUUCCUCGAAACUCAGAGAUGGGGAAUGUGUACAGACAGUUGCAGGCCACGCGCCCUGCCUCCUUAGCAGGUAUUCCUGUGUCCAGCUCCCAGGUAGCCAGACGGGCCUCAAUGAACACUUCCAAACCACCGCCUCCUGUGCGAAGGUCAUCGUCCAUCAGUACUGCUGCAGCCCCGCCUGUUGUUCAGCGCAUGAGGAAGACCCCACCGCGUGAUAUGACAAACAAGGUCGCUCAACCUGUUGCGGCCGGACACCGUCGCAGUAGCAGCUCUGGCGGUCUCUCGGAGCCCGCCUAUGCCGAGCUACAGACCAUCCAACAGAGCAUCCAGUUACGUCAUCAGCAGCAAGAACAACAAGGCCACUUACUACAAGCUAAUCCAUAUGCCACCACGGGCACCCAGCACAUUAUAAUGUCGGCACCACCUACACCCUCACAACACAUGCCACAGCCACUGCCCCCUGGUAGCAUCAAUAAUCAAAGGGGACAUAAUCCACUUCCCAGGCAGAGUGCCACUCCUCAUAAUAAAAAAGUCAGUGGAACUGAAGCCCCCACAAUUCCUCCCCCAGGCAUUCCAGGGCCUGGAAGGAAAAAGCCGGAGAGUGCUCCACUGUUGGAGCCACCAGACAUGGACAUUGACUUGCCCCCACCCCCUACAGACUGGGAGCUAGAGGAGAUAGAGAAGGUUUAUAGUUGCCCCCCGCCCGUCAAACCUAAGCCCCCUCCCCAGGGGUCAAAUCCAGAAAAUGUUCGGGCUUCCUUAUUGUCAGAACUUAAACUUGGACCCAAACUACGACGAGUGACUUCUGAAGAUGGGUCAGAAUGCUAAGACAGGAAGUGCUUUGUGAUUUUGUUUUUAUUCACCUGAUAUUUUUAAUAUUUACUAGUGUUCAACUUUUAUGUGUGCCCAGAAAUGCUGGUUUACACAUGGUUAUCUCCUGCUAGCAGCAAUUUUAAAAUGCAUUUAACUUUUCUUUUUUUAACUCACCAGGCCCUUUUGGCCAGGUGGGCUGAUGCCAGGGUGUCAUCUGUCAAUGCAUCUCUCUGGCUUCAACUUUUUAUCUCAAGAUGACCUUUCUCAAAAGAGGCCAAGAGCCACCAUAUAUGGCUGGCAAUUUCCUGGGAUUAAGUCAAAUAAAGUUUGUGAAAGAAAUGACUUUGACCUAUAAUCAAGGCCACAUGGGUCAGAUUUGUUGAUAUAGUCAAUGAACUUUUGUUGAUUAACCAAAAGUCCUAGAAUCAAGAUAUAUUUGGCUGUUAGGAUCCAGGGAGAAUGCCUGACAGACUUUGUGCAAAGAAAUGACUAUAACCUGUAUAUUGUUAGAUAUUUGAGAAGUACUGAAUGGAUACUUGCCAUGCAUGUUUGGGAAAAAGUUUCCAACUGGCAACUAUCUUGCUUCUGACAAAUUAAAUUUAUGUCGUUUUAUCUUGUGUAAUCAUGUACAACAAAUAAUUAAGAGUAAAGAAAACAGAAAAUAUCCAUGUAGCUCAUUGUAGCUGGCAAACAGGGUUUAAUUGGCUGAAAUGCAUUUUAGGAUAAAAGUAUGUUUGUGACAAACACUGAAUAAUGCCAGGAGAGCAAUACAAGCUGAAUAGGUCUCUUGAUUUGUUUCAAACUUUUCUUUUCCAUACAACAUACUUAUAAUAAAUAAGCUCUGUUCGUCCGUCCAUUCCGUUUGUCUGAAUAAGCAUUUUCUGCUCCACAGCUCAAAAAAUUGUCCAAACAUCAGGCUCGUGUCUUAAAUUUAGACCAGUAUCCUAACCACAAGCUAGUGUCCUAACAUCAGGCUAACUGUCUCCUAACAUCAAGCUAGUGUCCUAACAUGCUUGUGUCCUAACACAUCAUGCUCGAGUCCUGACACAUCAGGCUAGUGUCCUAACCUCAGACCUGUGUCCUACUGUGUCCUAAAUCACCAGGUUAGUGUUGUAACACAUCAGAUAAAUGUACACAUCGCUGGCAAGUGUCAUAACAUAUAAAACUAGUGUCCUAACCAUAGAUAAGUGUCCUGACACCAGGCUAGUGUCCUAACACAUCACACUAGUGUCCUAACACCAAACUAGUGUCCUAACACAUCACACUAGUGUCCUAACACUCCAGGCUAGUGUCCUAACACAUCAAAGAAAAAUAAACUAUGGUGAAUGAUCAUUAGUGUACGUUAAAAGUCACCAAAGUUUUCAUUGGUCGAAUGUCACCAAGGUUUCCAUUGGUCAAAGUCGAACUACAUUUCUAAACUGUUUUUCUGUAUUGUUUAUGUGUAUCACUGAUGACAGGACUACAAUGUACUAGGGGAUCUUUACAUAUUAAGUACUGGAAUAUGCAGCAAGGAUAUUACUUAAAUUAUACCUAGCAACAUAACAUUUUUAUGAGUUAAAAAAAAAAAAAAAAAACACUUUAAAUUAUUUACCAAGAUUUGCAUAAUCCAUUGUUCUUAUGAAAAUGCCUGGUAUGACAACACUACUGUUAUUGUGGACAACUGACAUCAGGAAUAUGUACUGUAUGAUUUUAUCGGGACAAAAUUAGCAGUUUUGGAAGGCCUUUUCCAAAGAAUGCAUGCAUUGUCUAUGGUCUGUUUAAGAUAAAUUACUCACACUCUGACUGAUAUUAAUUUGGAUGCUGCGAUGGAAUUUGAUUUCUUAUGAUUAAGACAAUUGCGUUCAAAUAAGUGAGUGCUGGGAUGCUUUUAAGUCCACAGGGAUGAAUGUAUUGAAACUGUAAAAAUCUAAAAAUCUAUAGCCUUAACCUUUUCUAUGAUGCAUUUGCUUCUUACUUUCUGUAUUGUUUGUUUUAUUGAAUAGAAAUAAUUUAAAUGUCAUAUUUUUGUCAAUUUUUUUUUCUCUCGAAGAUAAUAGAAGUGUGUCAUGGUGUCUGUCUAUAAUCAACAUAAAAGUGUGCCAUUAUGUGAGUUGUGUUGUCGGAAUUUGUAUGUAACCCCCGUGUAAGGAUACAAAUGUUUAUUCCAGUAAAAUCGGCCACACCAUAUUUGGUUAUUUUAUAUUAUUUUUCUGUUUUGCAGUAAAUCAUACUUUUGGCUCAAAUAACACAAAGUGCCAGUGAGCUUAUGGUAUGGUGCAUGAAUGGUCGUCUGUCUUCUGUUGGCCUUUAGGCAGGAGGUGCAUGUGGAAGAAUACAUUUAAGUUCCCUCAUACAAAUUACCUUGACUUCUUUUCAUGGUCACAGAGGCCAAAUAUUUUAAAAUUAAUGUAUGAAUCUUCUUCACAAGUUCUUAAAGAUGCAGGGUGUACAUCUUUGGCCAGUACAUCUUUGGCCUGCUGUGGACGAUUAUGGAAUUUCCUCAUAUCAAUGACCUUGACCUGUUUUCAAAGUCACAAGUGUCAGAUAUGUUAAAAACUUCAAUGAUCUUCUUUUAAAGUUACAGAAAACCCAGAUGCAUAAUAUUUCCUUCCAGCAGGUAAUAAGUAUUGAGUGCUUUUAUAAAGAUUCAGCAUGCAAGUAAUUUUGACCUCUUUUCAAGGUCACCAUGGUGAAAUAUGAAAUAUGACCACUUACACUAUUUGUAUUACACAUGAGCAACAACUUGCUUCACAUCACGCUUCAGAUAGCUACAUGUUAUCGGUUUCACAUUGGUUAUGAUUGAUUUAACAAUAAAACACCAACAGACUGACGUAAUAUUUAGAAUUCCCAUACCAUACUGACUUGAGACAAGUCAUCUUUAUAAAUCCUUCAUUAUGGUUCACCAAUGCAUCAGUGAAUUAUAUCACCUCUGUUAGAAAUAUUGUAUCCCAUUUCCUAAAACUUCAAUAACAUAUUAUGGUCAACAUGAAAAUUGGAAAUUGAACUUUUGCCAUAAUUCCUAACUGGCCAUGGGAGCAAUUCAGGCCCUGGUGGCCUCUUUGCUAAUAUAGGUACCUAACAUCUGUUAAGAAUUGUGAGUAACUUGACAGAUGGUACAUUUUUCCUGUCUCAUUGGUACAUUAACACUGCCUGUCUGGUAUAUUUCUAUCUUGAUCAUCUCAGUGGUAAGAGACACACGGCCUGUCUAGGACUUCUAAAUAGCCAACAGAUUUAGUGUAAGGUUGGGUCAUUGGCUUGGUGGCUUACCAAUAAACCACCAGUAAUAAUUCUCAAGAUCAGAUUAAAAUAGAAAUAUAAUUGGUUUGGCGUAAACCGGCCAACCCUGAAAAAAUUCGCCUAUUGUGAAAAAUAAAACAAUUUAAAAUUUUUUUUUUUUUUAAUGACUUGACUGUUCCGGAUAUUUUCCGGAAGUUGCUUUGCAAAUUCGAAAAUAUGUCUCGCAAACCCAAAUAACCUUGAUUUGUGUUUCUUUUGUUUAAGACCACAGAAUGAAUAAUGAUUUCUGGUCUGUUUUUGUAUCAAAGGUUGAAAAUCUGUUUUCAGAACUGAAUAAAAAAAAGUUCAGCACUACCUACCUACCAAAUGUUAAUCCUCCUGGUCGGGUUACGGGCAAACCAAGAUAUUUUUAACGAUGGCCUCUGAGAAAAUUGGGGAUACAAGCCUGUUGUGUUUGUUAAAGCAUCAAGGUCAGAGUCAAUGAGUCACACUGUUGUCAAAUAUCUGCAUCCCAUCAAAGCCAAUGGUCACCAAAUGAAAGAACCAUCAAGUUCAUUAGAUAAUCAUCAGAUUUGUAAAUCAUUUGAGUGGGGGACUGCAUCUGUAAAAUAAGUCGAUUUCCAUUUACUUCAGAAUACCCAGAAAGACUGGAACACGGUUUUGGGUCUGUAGCAUACUGCAACAACAGGCUAUCAAAUUUGUUAAAAUAAAUUGCCGUGAUCAACUUUCAGGAUCAUGGGGCUGAUUACAUGCAAACCUUGAAACAAUUUGUGAGUAACCAAGAGGCACUCCUCCAGAUUUACCUUGUAUAAUUUGUGCAUUAAAAGACACAGUUGAUUGAAAGUCAUCAUGAAGAUUUUGUUCAGUAUCAGCUGGGAGAUGCAGGUCCAUUGUGCCUCUUGUUAUAUAAUGCACAACAAAUGUAAGCGAUCACGUGACAUUGUGAAUAAGAUGAAGUUGCCCAAGUGAUGGGGGCAUCCUUGAUAUCAUUUCAUUAGCUGGGUUGUAAAUUACCAAAUUGCCUGUAACCAGCAACUGUAUAAUCCUAUAUUUUGAUCAGUAGAAUUGUUUGUUGGUGUGUGUAAUUAUGUGAUCAUAUAGCUGGAGAUGUUUAAUUAGCCAGGGAUGUGUGAGAAUCUCUUAAUUAGUAUAGAAGCCAUUGAGGAAGAUGUGUAAAUACAGAUCCAGACUUAUGUUUGAUAUACCAGAGUGUACACAGUUUUGUUAUUUAUUGGUAUGCCAUUAAUUAUCAUGAUAUUACAUUACUAGGUAAUUAUAUUACAUUACUAGGUAAUUAUAUUAUAUUACUAGGUAAUUAUAUUAUAUUACUUGGUAAUUCCCAUUAGCAUGACUAUAAUUUUUCAUUACAAAAGGUCGAGAUUGACAUUAAAUGUCAUUUUAACUUAUUUUGUGUCCCUAUAAGCCUUAGAAUGUACUAGGUCCGUCUUUGAUUUCAGAUUUACCUGGUACAAAGCAGAUCUUAUCCAAUUUUAUGAAAUUUGUCGUUUACAAAUACAUAAUAUGGUCUUUACUAAGUAAAUUGUGCAGUAUGUGUGAUAAUCUGAUUGUUUUUAAUAUUUGUUUGGGAGUUAUAUCCCCUUUAUAUCAUAAUAUCAAUUUUAUCCAAAGUACUACUGCUUAUUGUUUUGACUGAUGUAAAUUUGCAUACAGUACCCAAAGUAAAGUGAUUGUGCCAUUGUGAUUUUUAUUUCCACCCCCUCUACGACACAUAUACAGGAAUCAAAAUAUUUGUCUGUCUGUCUUUCCGUCUGUCUGUCUGUCUGUGUACGGCCUACACCUUCAAGAAUUUUUCAUAUAGAUUUCAAUGAAACUUCACACAUAAUUGUUAUUUAUGACCUGUUGUAGUGACUCUCUGAAAGUUCCAUCAAUUUUUACCGGAGUUAUGGCCCUUGAUGUCACUCAUGAGACAUAUCUUGUCUGGACUUCAAAUCAAAUUGAAUCAAUUUAAUAAAACAGAAAUAUAAGGGAAUAUGUGAAGAUGUGCAUUAAGGUUUUUUCCCCAGAAAUUUUGGUUGUCAUGGUAAUCAGGUCACUAUACACAGGUUUUAUGUAAUGGUUAAUAUCCCAUCAGCCCUUAGAUGAAUCUUAUUCAAACUAGGUCAAGUGGUGUAGCUUAUUAAUGCCUAUUAUUGAAGACAUUAGAUAUUUCCAGAACCGUUCCUAUAGAAACAUAAUGCAGGCUUCUGAUUUGUCUAUAAAUUUAGAUAUUGUCUCAUGAAGCUAAAUAUUGGUAUAUUAAUGUUUUGAAGGAUAGCAAAUACAACAGUGCUAUUUUUCCAAAAUUUGGUUGCCAUGGUUGCGGGGGUGGGGGAGGCAAUAUUUGUUAGCUGUUGGCUUACAGUUCUAGUUUUAUUUGUUGUUUUUUUUAUAUAAAAUGUUUGUCUCUGUCUAAUUUCUGCAGAAUUGAGUCAAUGUGUUGUAACAUUAGUUACUGUACCAAUAUUCCUGAAAUUUUCUACUCAAAAUGAAUACCCAGAAAACUACUAUACUUGUGUAUAUUUUAAAAGAAUGUUGUCCUUUGAUGGAUUUUUCUUCUGUUUGGAAGUUUUAACUGUUUAUCUUGCUGACAUAAAACCUGUUCAUCACCUGUACAUGUGGCUGUUUCCUCCAAUAGUAAACAUUUCCCCCUCAACAGUAAAAAUGCUGCAGACAGUGUUGCCUACUUCUGGCCAUAGGUCUACUUCUGACCAUGUGUCUUCAUUUCCUAUCGCUGUACUUUAAUAAAACUUAAUGCCACAUACUCAGUAUAUAACCAAGUGGUGUAUAAUUCCUUAGAUCCUAAAAAAAAACCAGUUUCAUGAAACCAACCAUGUUAUCACGACUGUCAAAAGUUUAAUCUUAGCCCCAAGGGACAUACAGUUGUAGGAUUGCAUGACGUUGCACAAUGUGUGGUGUGCACACAAAGCCGCACAAUGUAUGCAUGUUGGAAUAUAUGUGCGAUUGUAUCGUGCAGGCAAUACCGUAUGUGCACAAUUAGUGAUUGAAAUGAAGUGUGCUGGAUAACUUAUCGUGGUUGAUAUAAAUCUAGGAAUUUAUUAUGAAUAUGUUAAAACUCUCUGAACUGUUUUGAUCAUAAGAUUGUAUACAUCAUUUCUGUAAUAGCCUACAUGGAAUUAGAUGUAACCCGAUCUAUCCUGGAUUUUAUUUAAGAAUAAAAAUAAAUUUUGU